AUGUUUCCGCAUACCGUGCAUACCGUAAUUGCACCUGCCCCCGCCGUGCCUCCAUUGGUUCAACCUUUGCCACCAUCUGAUGCUCCACCAGAUUCCACUUCAAUUGCUCCCUCUGAGUUGGCGCCUUGCUUAUUAUUUCCACCAAUUGAUGCUCCAAAUGGUAACAACUUGGUCAAUGAGGAUCCAAAUAGCAUCAUUUUGUCUCCAAACGGUAAUGAAUUGGUCAACAAGACUCCUACCGGUAUCAAUCUUUCUCUGAACAAUACCAAACUGGUUGAUAUGGCUCCGAGAGGUAUCAAUCUGUCUCCAAACAAUAGUGAAUUGAUCCAGACAGCUCCAAGCGGUAUUGAUGUGUCUCCAACCAGUAAUGAAUUGGUCAAGACAGCUCCAAACGGUAAUGACUAUGUCAAGGCGGCUCCAAACAACAACAAGUUGGUCAAGUCAGCUCCUGAAUUGAUUACCAAUCUCAAAUAUUACAACUAUACAACUGGUGGCGGGUUUUUCAGUUUUUACUGCUAUUUUUGA